UUAUGUUUAUAGAGAAUCAAAAUUAAUUUUUUCAAGUUUCAAUAUUUGAAUUUAAUGCUGAUCGCUAAUGUGAAGUUAUCACAGCGUAACAGCUGUGGAAUUCAUUAAGUCAUUUUCAAUUUCGAUAAUUUAUCAGAAGCUGUUGGGGGCGCCGUCACCCAUUGUCGUUUUUGGUAAAUUAUGAGUAAUGGAAUGAUUUAAAUUAUCAAAUACAAAAGGGAAACAGUGAACAAAUAUUGGACUUCACGGUGACGCACAUUUUGAUUAGUGGAUUUUAUUUGACUCGUUAAUGAUAGUCAUAUAACUCAGGAUUAGUGGCUUUUUGUAAAUAAUCAUUUUAAAGGUUCUAAUAAAUCCAUACUAGAUUUGUUUUACAGCAAAUUCCUAAUAUGCUACAUCUAUCUAACUGAUGGAACAAAAAUGCAUCUUCAAUCAUAAAACAACCAAUUUACAUUCAGCUAAAGAAAUCGAAGAAGACAUGACUGUUUCCACUUCAAAAAGACAAAGAACUUCACCCUCUCUCGAUAAUUUGUUUAGUAAUAAAGAAGUACUUGCGAGAAGGUUAAAACAUAGACCAGAUCGUGUGUCUUUGAUUGAGCGUCACAUUAUUCCAGCUCAAUUAACAAAUCCUGGCAUAUAUGACAAAGUCACUCAAUUGGAGAGGAGAAAGACAAGUGAUUUUCUGCAGAAGAAGAUUCGUGUACGACCUAGUCGUAACCAGUUAGUCCAAAGACAUAUACUGACAGACACUAAAGCUGAUGGGACUUUACUUCAGUCUCUUACAAAACUUGAGCGUCAGCGUAUCGCUGAUCAUCUUAGUGAGCAUUUACUUCAAAGACCUGGUCCUUUAGAACUUAUACAGGAAAAGAUCUUAUCUGUUGAAUCACCGAUACAAAAUGCCCUUAAAGAAGUUUCAUUUGAAAAUUUAAACAGAAAUGUAGCAAUGAUUUCAGAAUUAGAAAGUAAAAUUAACACCCUUAAGUGUGCUCCUUCACCUAAUUCUCCUUUGCAGAGCCCUUUACUUCAUAAAAAUUUCUUUGAGGCUGUUCAAGUCUCAUCAACAAGUAAUUUAAUUUCAGAUUUAAACAAAAAAGAUCAUCAAAAAGAACAAUUAGUUAAACCCAUAUCCAAUGAGUUUCCAAAUAUAUCCAAUGAACUGUCAAAUCAAAUUCAAUUUAAAGAUUUUUCAACAAACACUUUGUUUAUACCAACACAGAUUUCAUUAUCCCAAAAAGAAAAUGAUAAGCUUAUCAAAGCACUUGCAACUAAAAAGUUUCGACCUCAGAAACAACGGGUAAAAAAAUUAAAAUUUCACGAGUGUCGCCCAGCUGAUAUGCACUCUUUAAAAGAUAAUCAUAUUGAUGAACGUUAUCAGAGUUUACUUGAUCAGCAGACCUUGUAUCUGCGUUUGCAAGUUAUGCAACAAAAUGCAAUGUUAAAUGCAAUUCAAGGUAAUACAGAUAAUAUGGUUAACGUAACAGAGAAAAUUGAGAGCGUUGUAGAAAAAGAUACAAGUAUGAAUAGUAAACCUGCUGUACUAUUAUCAUUAGAUGGCAAAAAUCUUGAAGAGAUGCGGGUUAUAGAGUUGCGUGCACAUUUAAAGCAGCGUGGCUUGCUUGUUUCAGGCUCUAAAGCCCGAUUAAUUCAACGUUUGUUGGCUUAUGAAGAAGGUCAUUCAUCACAAACUGAUUAUAACAGAGUUAAAGAUUCACUGCUAUUAACUUCUCCUGAAAAUUCAUCUUGUCUUUCAAUUUCUAAUUCAUCUGUUCUUCAAGUUACAACUUAUUCUACUGCAGGAGGAAAAACGUAUCAACUCAUAUAUGCAGUUCCUAAUCAAUCUAUCCCAGAGUAUCAAAUUAGUCAGACAAGUUUUGCUCCUACUCAACAAGUGCAGCACAUUAUUCAACCUUUAGUUAGUUAUGCAAAAAUAGACGAUGUUAAAACUGGGAUCAAAACAAUUUUUCCGAAAUCUUCUGAGCCUUCCCUUCAAUUACCUUUAAGUGGUUCAUCAACAAUUAUAUAUCAACAGCCUCAUUAUGUCAGUGAAAAGACUAUAGUUCCUCACUAUUAUCAAUCUAAUGGUGUAACAUAUAUGAUGCCACAACAUAUAUCUGUUCAUCCAUCUGCUAACGAUUUAGGUCAACUUUCUCAAAGUGUGCCUACAACUAUUAAGUACUCAAACGAUUACAUAAUAAGUCCAACGAUUGUAAACAUUUCAGACAGUUUUAAAGUUUCAAAUGUUAAAAAUGAUCAGUUAAGAGAAAGAUCAUUUUCAGAGCCACAUAAGCCCAAUAGUUACAUAUCAAAUUUAAAUGAAAAUAAACAGACUAUUAAAGAUUCAGCAAGUACUCCUCUUCAAGAUAUAAACUCUCAAAAAGAUCAGUUACACACUCAGAGAGAUGUGAAUGGUGCAAAGUCAAAUAGUGAAAUAGACGAUAUCAUUGAUAUAAUAGGAGAAUUAUCAAGACCUUCAUCGCCGGUCAAUAAAAAUACUAAAUUUACUACACAGAUUCCUAAAAAAUGUGAUCCGCAUCAACGUUCUUCAUCUAGUAAUAAAAAAAAUAAUAACUUUACAUGUACUCAACAGUCAAAUUUUUUCUCCAUUUCUGAUAUUUUAAGUAAUUCAGAUAACUUUGAAACGAUUUCUUACAACAGGUUGGACUCUCACUGCGAGAGAAAAACAAAUCAUUCAUUUUCUUCCCGAAAUGGAGAUUUCAAUGACAAUGAUCAACUGUUAAAUAAUUUUGAACCUAGUGAAUCGUUUCCUAAGCAAGAUGAUUUGUUAGGUAAUAAUAAACAAUCUGAACAGAUGACUGAUGAAGUUUAUAGUGAAUACACCAGUAGAUCGUCAUUUAUAAAUUCUCCAAACACAUCAGCGAACUGCUCUAACGUUGCAUUUGACUCUAGUUCUCCAAGUAGUUCAUCAGACGAAAUUGUAAUGGAUUUAGAUAAUUUUCAAAACAAUUCUGUAAAUAGUAUCAACCCCGAGAGUAAUGAACAAGAACUUAGUUGGGUUGAAAUGGAUACAGAAUUGACUCGUCCGAUACAUUUUCAAACCACACCAUCGAAGGAAAUUCUCAUUGAUAAUCCUUUUUUAGAUAUGUCCUGCCAAUCUCAUUCAAAUGAAACUGAUCACCCAGUUCAUUUACGAAACGAGUAUAUGUUUAAUGGCAUAGAUCAAAGCGAACAAUUUGUUUCAUUAUUUGAGCUUGAGAGCUGCGACUAUUAGUCAAAAAAUGUGUUGUCCUUUUUUAGCUUAUUUAAAUUUUACUGAAAAGACGAUUCUAGAUUAUUUAUUUACUUAUUAUAAAUUCUACUUGUUUAAAAAUCAUUUUAAUAGUUUCAGAAUUGAUUUGUUAAUACCAGCAUUAAUUUGAAAAUAUAAAUCGAAAAAUUCUGUUUUAAUCAAGAUCUAUAUAUCUAUUUUUUGUUAAUUUCGUUAAUAUUGUAUUACUAGCUUGUUUAAGCACAACGUUUUAGAUGUGUAAGAGUGACUAUGCAACAUAGUGCAGAAUUAUGUUUUUGUUUGUAUAUGUGUGUGUGCGUGAAGCGUGUUAUCUAACAAAUAAUUUUCUUUUUUAAUUCACUUUAAUAUGUUGAAAAGAUUUUUUAAAUUUUCUGCUUGCAUUUCUCGUAAGCUUUCUAAAUUUGUUUCUUUUUUCUUUUUACUUACUGUACAGUUUUUGUCCAUGUUUUAGUGAAUUUAUUUGUUUAUA